CUUAAAAAAAUGUACAAAAAAGCCCUGUUGAUCGUGGCCCUGGCGGCGUGCGCGAUGAGUGAGGACGUUUACCGUAAAUGCGGCGACGAUCUGAGUUGUCUGGAGAGCGAGAUGAUCGGCUACGUGGACGGUUUAGGGGAUGGUCCGGUGCCGCUUCUCGGUGAUUACGUGUCGCUGGCCAGGAACGAGGAGACGUUCGAGGCGGCCAGGGGCGGCGAGGACUUCGUGACCAGGUGCAUACGCUAUUUGGCCAACCACGAGCUCAAAUUUAAGCUGCCCUCGGACACUGCAAGGGCCCUCAUUGAAGAGUCGAGAAGCAGUAAACUGAAGAAAAUCGUCCUUCCAAUGCUCCUGCUCCUGAAACUGAAAGCCGCCAUUAUCCUGCCAAUAGUCCUGUCGGUUAUCGCAUUGGUGGCGUUCAAGGGUUUGGGAGCUGGACUUGUGGCGUUGGCCCUUUCCGGCGCCACCGGCCUGAAGUCCCUUUUGGAAGGCCACAACACUUCCAAGUUCACCUACGAGGUAGUACCGCAGAUCUCGUCGCACUGGAGCCGGUCCGGAGUUGAGCCUUUGACAGCCUUGCCUGCAGGAUAUCACACCAUACCUUAAAAACAAUGCUAUUUAAUAACUUUAUUAAUUUAUUGUAUUUGUCGUAUGAUGCUUUUCAUAAAAGCAUCGUGCAAAUAAAACAUUUUACAUUUUAUUCACCGGUUUUAAUAAUGAGCAAUGGAAUGAGCAAAUUCGGAGAAAAAAGCUUAACUGGUACAAUUUUUUCAGGUCUUGAGUUUCCUUUAACGUGUUUUUAAUAAUUGCUACGUGAUCUUAAUUGGUGUUUAUAAUUUUAUGGUUUUGUAAACAACUAGGAUGAUUUUUUCAACUAACAAACAGUUGAUUUAUCUCAAUGAAUUGACAAUUGAAUAAUAAAUAAUGUUUGAACUAUUUGUACCAUAAUUGGAUUAAUAUACAA